CUUAUCUUUGAUGUACAGUAUGUGAUAAUCAUGUCAGCUUUAUUUAGGUGGAAUAGCUCAUCAGUGAGAAACAAUAGGACAUGAUCAUGAGUUCAUCAGUGCUAAUAGGUUCACAGGCCACAGUUUUGUCUCACAAGUAUCUUAAGGUAAUUAGUUUUGAGCCCCACCCUCUCUUAGGACAGGUAUAUGUGUACACCCGCGGGCUGACAGACAGCAGACUGCUGGAGAUUACUUUAAUCGAGCUUUGGAAACUGUACACUGACUCUAAUUGGCACAAGACAGUGGAAAGCUGCUGACUUGAAGCGACCAUGGGAAACGAGCAUUCAACUCAGAAAAAACCUCAGAAGGCAAAUGCUGAGAAAAAAGCCCCAAAUGGAGAGUUAAAUGGACAUGCAGUACCAGCUCCAGAUAAAACUGAACCUGAGACAAGCAAAAAAGAAGCAGUGGAGCAAAAGAGUGAAACCCUGCCAGUGCCUGUCACAAAUAAACCAAAACAACCAGAAAAAGAGGAGGUAGACAGCAGUAAAGCCAACGGAACCGCGCAUGUGGAAACGACCCCUGAGCAAAAACCGACAGUCACAACAGAUGCAGAGCCACCCAAAAAAGCCCCAAAGCCCAGUGGAGAUGAGGUGUCCAACUUCCUUGGUAAAAUGUUCAAAAAGAAGAGCGAACCUGUGAAACCUGCAGCAGAAAACAACGAUUCAGUUGAUGCACCCCCCAAAGCGCUGGAUCUGAAAAUUGACAUGCAGAUUGAUAAAGUCUUCAUUAAUGCAGACCAAAAGGAGAUUCUUGAGCAAGUCGCAGAGAAGAUCAAACUGCAAUUGGUUGACGCCAUUCCCGCGCAACCCAUAAGUUCACGUUCUCUGACAAAGAACUCCUCGAAAACAGAUGAGAUCCUCCCAGAUUUGCAUGCUACACAAGAACCAGUAGCUGUUGUAGAAGAGCCAGUUAAAAGAAAAGCCAGUGAGAAACAUAUAAGAUAUCUGAAGUCUGAAGGUGAAGAACGUAAGACUGAGGAUGACAAGACCUCGAAAGAAGACAAAGAACAUAUACAACUUGUUGAAAGCAUAAUAUCGGAUGAAAAGAAACAAGCAUGUGAGAACGAACCAAAUGGAACCAAACAAAUGAAUGAAGAGCUUGCACCUAUUUCCAAAAACCUGACGAAAGUAGCUGAUGCAGGUGUGGAUACCUUUGAGGUCUUGUCUCAUGUUGAGGACCCAGUCGUUGGAGCUGAAGAGCCAUUGCUGGUUGCUGAAGAAAUUGCAGAUAUUGUUGAGGAAAUCUUGCAGGUCACUCAGGAACAAGAAAGCCUUGAUGCAGAAGAACUUCAAAGGAACAGGUUCAAGGAGACAUUGCUCGUUGCAGAGAAACCAUUAAGAACCUCGGUGAAACCAGCGCUGAUUGCCAAAGAUAAAGCCGCUAAUGGAUCGGUGGCUGUAGAUGAGGAAAGCUGGGAGAUUAUUGAGGAACCAGUGAACAUCUCCAGGCGUUUAGAAGAACCUGCGCUCACUAGAAGUAAAUUUAAUUUAGCAGAUUCUUCUCAAUUGCUUUCCCAGCUGAGGUCCGUGUGCACUAAGGUUUUAGAAGAUGCUUUAUACAAGGCGUUCAGUGUUGAUGUGUGUGCUGAAGAAAGCACUGUUCACAUCACGAUUGAGCUUUGCCCGGAUGAGCUCACAUGUCUGAAUAAGGUCAAUUCAAAUACUGACGAUCGCGACGAGAAAGCCACAGCAUGGACGCACUCACCGCAAGCGAUUCAAUCACGAUGCAAAUCUACUAGUAACUCCUUUCCUCAAGAUGCUUGUCAUCAAUUAACAAAAAAUUAACAUCAACGAUCAGAUUUGUUCCUGAAGAUGACAUCGAAACGUACUACAAUCAAAACCCAUACGUGUUUUGUCUCUAUUUACUGUACAAUACCAGUCAAAAGUUUGAAAUAAUUAAGAUGUAUUUAUGUUUUUGAAAGAAAUCUCUAAUUUUUAACCAAAAAUACAGUGAAAA